AUGUCGAUAGAACCCAUAAUCACCUUCAAGGCUGGUCAAUGUGAUUUGGACGAAUCAACUGGCAAGGUUCGACCAGAAUCUACCCCAGGAUAUGUCUACCUCUACUCUGACGAAGACCUUCUACACUUCUGCUGGCGACCCCGAGAUGCCACGCUCGAAGCUCCCGAACUCGAUCUGAUCAUGUUUCCGACAGAUGGCAGUUUUGUACCAUAUCAGAACAAGCCAGUCAAUGGCCGUGUAUUCGUCCUGAAAUUCUCAUCGAGCUCUACAAGACAUCUGUUCUGGCUUCAAUCAAAGAGUCAAUCACCGAGUGGCAAUGCCGCGUAUUUCAGUCCGCGAGACCUGAAGAUUGGUGAGGUGGUGAACAGCCUUCUACAGGGAGAGGAGGUGGACGUCCAACAAGCAGUUAGCGAGAUGCGAACAGGACACUCUAACGAAGACGAAGACGCUGAUAUGGAAGAUGUGGAAGGUCAGGGAGGUGCAGGACCUGGCGCGACCGGAGGUGAUAUUCGAGAGGAAGGCGAAGGUUCGAGGGAGGGCGGUGCCGAUGGUGGCAGAGCCACCGGAAGCAAUCUAGAUGCACAAAGUAUCAUACAAAACUUUCUCAACUCAAUGCCAGGUGGAUCUGGGAACAGAAAUCAACCACAGCAGAAGUUAUUCACCACUUUGCAAGAUCUGCUAACGCCGACUGCGACAGUGUCUUGGCUAAGUGCCGCGUCGGAAGGCACAGUCGACCAGGUCAUGCAGUACCUGCCCUCCAAUCUUGUAGCUUUAGCUACAGAAGAUGACGAUGCAUCAGUGUCACAAAGUCUCAGCUUGGCUGAGAAGAAGAGAUUAGUUGAGCGUGUGCUAAGAUCACCACAAUUUUCACAAAGCCUGGCUAGUCUGACCAUUGCUCUACGAGACGGCGGUCUUCCAAGCAUAAGUGAAGCACUCAACGUUCCAGUGCAGAAUGGAGGAUACAUGAGAAGAGGUGGUGUUCCCCUGGGUGGUGGUGAAGCUGUGGAAGCUUUCCUCAACGGUGUCAAGGAUGUGGUGGCAGACGAGGGUAAGAAGGAGGACGACAUGGAAACAGAUUGA